AAAGCGGUUGUAAUUCUGUACAAUGGUGUCGACUGUUUCGUUCGGUGGCCCAGUUCUUGUUGUAAAUUGCAAGGCUGUGAUCUUGCUCUCGUUUCUAUUCUUGUUCUUAUUCUUCUUCUCGUUUUCGUUUUCGUUUUUGUUUUCGAUGUCGAUUUCGAUUUCGAUUUCCAGUCUUUGUAUCUCUGACAAGUUCGUUCGUAGAGUGGUGGAUGGGUGUUUUUCUGCUCUCGAUGGUAUCUAUCGUGUCGCAUUGGGUGCGCCUGCUGUGCGGCAAGCGACGAUUUAGCAAGCGGAUUGGUGGCAUUCUGCAUACUCGGCGAGGGUUGGCCAGACCCUCGACAAGACGUCAGUUGCAUGUCCGAAUUUUUGCAUAGUCCAGCACCUUUUAUACCAACUCGUCGAUUUUUGACGAAUGGCGUACCUCGCAAGCCGCGUGUCGAAAUAGUAACACCACCAACACCCGCUCGCGUUCCUACCGCGACAUUGUAUGACUUUGUAACAUGUCACUCCAAACCGAAACGCGCCUCAGUACCAGGUCUCGACUGUGCCCCGAUGGAUACAGACAGACCGAGUCGUCGAGAGCUUGUCGACUCGCGAUUCUACCAGCCGAGAUUAUCUUCUAGCAAGCUGUUACCUACCUUCGUCGCCCGCACGGCUACGGCCAAACUAUCGAUAGCACCACCUAUCACAGACGACCCCGUUGGUUCAAGAAGAUUACCAAGUUUGGCAUCUCAACAUCAAACAUUAGCGGAAAGCAGUCAUGAGCAGCGAUCGGUUCCAACGGUGCCCAUGUUGCCAAGUUGCGUCAAACUCGAUCAGAGUCCGAGUACGUCCCAGCACCACCGUCUCCGCUCGACACCAACACUACUAUCUCAAACAGCCGUAGAGAAAGCGGGAAUCCCAUACGCAAGUCCAAGUUCAAGUAUAUCUCCGGAAAACCAUAAUAUGGAGCGAAAGCCUGGCAUGGUCGGAAAGGAUAUCGAGGCACAUGAAUCGGAGUCAAGUGCUCGAAUGGACACGAGAAAGAAGUCGCAAGACGCCAAAUUGACAGAUGCGAUCUUUGAAGCACCUGAGUCCUCGCACAUAGGUGCUGGCCACGGCCAAAAGCUCUCUUCCUCGCAGAUGCAGUCAUGGCCCAUUGCAAGGUCGAGAGAAGACAACGCACGUUACAGCAUCUCUCAAUCCGUGGAGCAAGCUCCAGCACUGUUCGACGAAGCUUACUUGCGAGGGUUUUCACAUCAUGUGCUUGCACUAUGCCGAGCGAUACUCAUCUUCUUCUGGCAAAUGUGGUCUUGGUUCUUCUCCACGAUCGGUCCCGUCGUGUGCAUCUUUAUGGUUUUGGUUGUGUUCUUCUUGAUUUCGACAGAAGUGUUAUGGUCAUCGAUCGUAGCGCGGCUCGGAUCGCUCUGGGAUAACUCCUGGUUCCUGGUCUCCUUUCUCGCCACAGCUUCUAGGAGUAUCACUACCGCCGUACAACCUCUCGUCUGCCACUUCCCUGUCUUUGAGAACCUGUGUCCCGAUCCGUACAAUACCUUCGAAUCUUACGGUAGUCACAUUACAGCAACCGUGUCGGCUUUGAGCGACAACCACGAUGAGAUCCAUACCACCUCCCACUUGCUAAGAACUUUUACGGCUAUUUUAUCAUCCAUCUAUGUGGCAAUUCCCCCCUCUGACAACGACUUUCUCGACAAAUUCUUGCAGGACUCACACGAUCUUCAAGAACUGUUCGAUGCAUAUGCAAGCAAGAACGUCCUUCUGCUCGACGACAUCAACUUCAAAUCUUCAUUCCUUAUCAGUGCUUUGCAGACAUUGCUCAAUUCGCCUUCGCACUUCUAUGGAGGGUGGGCAAUGGGACUGAUUGGUUAUCCUAAUCAGUAUGCUUCCUCCAGAGACUCACUGACCAAGACCCUGCAGUCUUGGUCUGACGGUGUCGAUGAUCUUUCGCGAAAGGCUGAAAUCAUCACACGACAAUGGUAUGCCUAUCAAAAAGCGCUAAGUCAACUCAGCUUCGAUAUGAAAACGAGAAGAGAGCGACAAGCGCUCGGCUGGUGGCUUGACUUCAGUGGUUUUCCUGUUACAUUGAGUCAGAAGGCAACCCUUGGGGAUUUCCGCGCGUAUGCAAAGAGUGUCGAGACGAUACAGAGGACGUCUCCUCCCUUUAUUCGCAAUGUUAGUAUCAACCUCAGCCUUGCCAAGUCUAACAUCGUUGAUGCAAAGGCAAGGAUGCCGCAAGCAAGGUUGCACCUCACGUUUGCUUGGGAAAAGAAAAGCCAGGUAUUUGUGAUUUUGCUUGCAGACUUGAGAAACAGCGUCGCGAAAACACAGCUGUCUCAGCAGGAGCGCGACCUGUCCAACAAUGAGAAUGCUAGAUUUCUCCGGAUUCCGCAGACGACCCAAGGAUAUAAAGCCUGAUAUUGUAGCUUUGCAGGUCUCGGAGGUAGGUUGACAGCCAGGGUCUCCCUUGCUGAGAACCCUCCGAUCCUGUUAGUAAUAUUGAGAGGCUCUUGGCGCCCAAGCUAUCCGAGGAACGAGGCUCUUCGCACGUAGGUAG